CGGGCUUUGCCAUGAUGGAAAAACAACGAUCCCUGUUCUGCAGACGUUUUUCCCUCGAUGCUCGCGGUGUAACUCAACUGUGGGAGGAACUGAAGUCAAAUCGUCUCGCCAAAUACGGCACAGUAACUGCGGUCACAGCUAUUAGUUUGGUUCUGCUGAGAAAAUGGAUUGCAAGUGGAGUUUGCCGCUGUCGUGUGCGACUGGAUGGGAAGACAGUCAUCAUUACUGGUGCCAACACUGGCAUUGGAAAAGAGACAGCACGUGACCUGGCCAUGAGAGGGGCUCGGGUUGUGAUGGCUUGUCGAGAUCUUUCAAAAGCAGAAAAGGCUGCGGCAGAGAUUCGCCGAUCUACAGGAAAUGGCAACAUAGUAGUUCGGCACUUAAACCUCUCAUCUCUGCUCUCCGUGCAGCAGUUUGUGCAUGAAUACACUGCCACUGAGGAUCGACUGGAUAUACUUAUUAACAAUGCUGGAGUGAUGAUGUGCCCUAAAAGCCUUACAGAGGAUGACUAUGAAACCCAGUUUGCUAUCAAUCAUUUGGGCCAUUUCCUCCUGACUGUCCUGCUCCUGGACGUGUUGAAGAAGUCUAGUCCUAGUCGAAUUAUUAAUGUAUCCAGUAUUGCUCACAAAGGAGGUAAGAUCCACUUUGAUGACCUUAACUUCAACAAAGCACCGUACGAUUCCUUGGUCAGUUACAGGCAGAGCAAACUUGCCAACCUGCUGUUUACUCGAGAAUUAGCACGGAGGAUUAAAGGGUCUGGUGUAACAGUGUACUCUCUUCACCCUGGAGUAAUCUGCACUGAACUGGGACGUUACGUGCAGACACGCCACCCUCUGCUCAGUGCUCUGUUGUCUUUUCCUGCUCUCUUACUGAUGAAAACCCCCAGUCAAGGCGCUCAGACUUCUAUUUACUGUGCGGUUGCUGAGGGGCUGGAGUCUCACAGUGGCUGCUAUUUCAGUGAUUGUAAGCUGAAGGAACCAGCUCCUGAAGGUAAAGAUGAUCUCGCUGCCCUGCGAUUGUGGGAAAUAAGUGCAAAGCUUGUUGGCUACGAUGAAGAGAACUGACAACACUCCACCAAGCUCUAUUCAUAAUACCACAUGCCUAUAUAUGAAUGCUUUGUAUGCAGCUAUCAACACUCAGAUCAUCUUUUCCAUCUUUGUUGAUGUUUUUAAAAUGUAAAACUUUAUUUAAUUGAAUUUAUGAUUAUUGAUGAUUAGUGGUUUAAUCAACUAGAAGAAGAAACCAGAAUCUGAAUGGUGUUUUUGUCUGGAUUGGCAGCCUACUGUACUGUGUUCCUUGACUUGCCCAUGACUGAUGUCAUUUGACAUUUUAAAGCUGUUUUGAAGUAUCUCAUUUGAUGAGUAAUAAAGGUUUCAUUAAAAGAUAUCUUUAUUGUAAUUGAAUUGUAAAUUAAAAUAAGAAAAAUUAAUUUUAAAAGUGCAGUUGGUGCUUGUAAAAUCAGUGAGUGUUGUGAUGUCUGAUUCGUGAGUCGUGACCGAAUCGUUCUCCUGUGUUCACGAAUCAGACUGAAUUGAUCCGACAAUGAAGGACUCACUGAAGGAAUUUUA